AUGGUUCAAUUUGAUCAACAUCACCAAGCCCAUGACCGAAAGCCAAGCAUCCGGUCUAAGCUCUCCUUGACACCCUUUGCAAAACGUGUCUCACACGCAUUACUCCAUAAGCUACGCCUCCUUUAUAGAUCAGACCCAAACUUCUACGUUCUAGGAACUACGGGAAAUGUGUACAUUGUUAACUUAUCGACUAACCCUUCAUGCACGUGCCCUGAUCGCACCAACCCAUGCAAGCACAUCUUCUUUGUGCUGAUCAGGGUCCUAGGGGUCUCACUCGAUGAUCCCCACCUAAGAAGGAAAACCCUGAAACCCAAUCACCUGGAUAGGCUUCUAGCCACACCUAGCUUCAUAGUCUCUUUUGCAAGGCAAACUCUACGCGAGAGGUUCCACCAAGUAUUCUUCCUGAAUAAGGAGUUGGGUAUCAAUGCGGCUAGCUUAAUGCCUUGUGUGGAAGUCGAGGAGGGUGCCAUGUGCCCAAUAUGCCUCGACGAGAUGGGGAAGUCGGGGGAUAGGGCGGUGGCUUGUGGUACAUGUAAGAUUCCUGUCCAUGAGGAGUGUUUGAUGACUUGGGAGAAGACAAAAAAGAAAGGAUUAACAAAGUGUGUGACAUGUAGGUCACCAUGGACAAAUAAAGGUGAUCAACAAAGGUAUUUGAACCUUUCUUAUUAUGUUUGGGAGGAUGAAAUGUGCCCCAAAUUUGGUGGAGGUAACAAAGGAUGCCGUCAUGAAUAA